AUGUUGGCGAAUCGAUUUGCCAACCAAAUACGAAAUGCUAGGAUAGCUUUGGUGCCUAAAGGAACAGCUUAUCUGUCGACCAACCGAUCUAAUGACAUAGCAGGCGAAGCGACCAACACGGCAUCAGGUCGCUAUUCACGCUCCAGUGGCAAAUCCAGAGAUGAUUGGGGAUUUCUAUUUGAAGAUACCGGACCUCAGAUAUCUGAACCAAGUUUGAAAUCCAAACCAGUAUUACGCAAAGGCGGCACGCCGCACGGGUCUAAAUACAAACGAAUAUUGUCUUCUGAAGAAAUGGAAUCGUUUAAUAAUAUAUUUUCGACACUGUUCAGUAAACCAAAAUUAGCGCAGGCACAAAAAACCGAGAAAGAGGCGGGAUUGCCGGCCAUUGAGAGACAUUUACUUUAUUUGAUAGAGAAUAACGAAUCAGUGGCUCAGUCAGAAUCUCAUGUUCGACCGAAAGCAAGUAAUGCCGCUUCUGAAGAGCGUUUGAAUAAUCUCGCAAAAAGUGCGGCGUGGUUUAGGAAAACUUUUGAAGGAAUACCGGCUACACAUGCUUCGAGACAUAGGACGCAUUGGAUCGGUUCAGUGUCCAUGAAUGCCGAUGAGCAGAUCAAGUUAGACAAGAUGAUUGAAGAUCUUUCAAAAUGUAAUACUAAUUAUGACUUUAGGGUAUUUGUAUGGGCGAAGAUAUUUAAGCGUGGAGCAGUGGGAAGGUCGCCAUACGAGGGAGAUCCAUUUGCUCCGAAAACAUUUCCUCCUGGUUACCCUGAUCUUCUUAAAGCGUCUAUCGCACAUUGCCGCAAUGUGUUCAGAGACCCGUAUAUGGCGCUGUCCAUAUUCGAACAGGCCAAGCGACAGGGUCUUGAAUCAUAUGUUGUCGGAUGUGACACUCUCGUGUAUAAUGAGAUAUUGAAGAUAAGAUGGGAUUUCUGGAAAGAUGUACAGGGAAUGGACGCUUUGUUAACAGAAAUGCAAUCAAAUGGGGUGCUGUUCAAUCUUGCGACAAAAGGAAUAAUUGAAUCUGCUUUCGAAGAGAGCAGAAUUGGGGGGUUAGAUAGUGUCAAACAUGAUUUAAAACGCUUGUUGACGUUUGUCGAGACGUCGAUUGAUGCGUCCACGGAAUCACAUAGAUCGAGCGAUCGUUUGGACAGACCGCUCGAACCGUAA